AUGAGAUGGUCGGAGGGCGAUUUCCAGAUCUUGCUGUCCCGAUACAGUCCGGCGUGGCACAGGGUCGGGAAGAUCGGCCCCGGCCUCAUGAUGGGCUAUCUCCCCUAUUGCCUUUGGGCUCCUAAUUGCUUGCCUACUCUCUAUUACACUAUCAUCCCCUCGCUUUGCCUCCUGAAAGGCAUUUCGUUGUUUCCAGAGGUUACAAGCCCCUGGUUCAUUCCAUUUGGAUACGUGAUUUUUGGCAAGUACGCUUAUAGUUUGGCAGAGCACCUCCGGUCCGGCGGCACGGUCCUCGGUUGGUGGAACGACCAGAGAAUGCGGCUCUACAAGAGGACCAGCUCUUACCUCUUCGCCAUCAUCGACACCAUGGUGAAACUGCUGGGGUUCUCCGAGACGGCAUUCGUGAUCACUUCGAAGGUGGCUGAAGGAGUCGCCCAGCGGUACGAGCAGGAGACAAUGGAGUUCGGGCCCGCGUCCCCGAUGUUCACCAUUUUGACCGCUCUCGCUUUGCUCAACUUGGCUUGCUUCCUCGGCAUGGCAUUGAAGGGGGUCGUGUCUGGAGGUGCCGGGUUCUCCGGAUCGAUGUCACUGCAGGUGAUUUUGUGUGCAGUUCUGACUGUCAUCAAUGUGCCUGUCUAUCAUGGCAUUCUAAGGAAGGAUGAGGGCAAGAUGCCGAUUUCUACAACAGUUGCAUCAAUUGUGAUUGCAGUAUCUGCCUGCACGAUUUUUGUUUCCUUUUGAUAGUAAAUUAGAUGACUCAUGUGGUUUUUGCCUUUGAAAAUCACUGUGGAACACAUAGUUUAUGAGGCUUCUUCUGUUAUCAUCAAAG